UCGCAGACAUGUAACUAUGGAGUCUAUCGGACUUGAAUUGUUGGCUGGGAUCAGACCAACUGUCGAUAGAAACUAUCAAAAGAAAAUAUCUGGAUCCUUCUCUGUGGAAAUCACCAUAGCAACAAGGAGAAGAGGUGUCAUUGGUCAUGCUGGGCCACACCCACCAGACUCCAUGUAAAAAGUUAUAUCUCUGAUGGAUUAAGACACUUAACACUGCCACUGGCCUCAAUCUGUUGUUCAGGAGCCUCUGAGUUCUACCGUCCUUCAACCAUCUGAAUAUUGACCUGAUCAUGGCUGUGACCAACCAACCAGGCAGCUACGCACCCUCCGAGUUCCAGACAGGCCUGUGUGAUAUCUGGAAAGACUGUGGAACUUUCUGGUAUGGUCUGUGCUGCCACAUAUGCCUCGGCUGCACCAUCGCCAGUGACAUGAACGAGUUCUUCCUGUGUGGUCUGAGCAUGGCGAUCCGCAGCGUCUACAGGACCAAAUACAACAUCGGGGGGUCACUGUGUUGUGACUUUAUGGCGUCCUAUUUCUGUCCAAUGUGUACCACCUGCCAACUGAAGAGAGAUAUUGACCGCAGAAAGGAGCAAGGCAUUUUCUGAACAGCUACAAUCCUCUGAGGGAAAUGACAUUCAUCACUUCCAGUCAGUUAAUCAUUAGUCCGCUGCCUGGGAGUGGAAACACCUUCAUGAUUUAUUGUUACGGUUACAUAAAAACAUUUUAAAAGUUGUAUCUGUGCUGUCCUGUGCAGUUGACAGGAUGUGGAUUCUGUGUGUUCAAAGGUGUUCUUUAUACAAAUAAAAAAUUGAAUUAGUA